ACAUCCAAACUUCUCUCAGUCGGAGCCAAACUUCAGAGAGUGGAGGAGGCUGAAGAGGGAGGCCGACAGCUGUAUGAGUGAGUAACAACUGCAGGCAGACAGAAUGAAGAAAGAGAGGAUGAUAUCUUAAUUGUAGGUUUCUAUAAUUGUGUCCUGACCAGGCUUCUAGGUAUUUACUUGAGAAAACCAACACUUUUGGUUUGUGGUUGUUUGUCUUGUGAGAAGAGACUGUGGAUUAUAUUGAAGAAAAACUGGAUUUUCUGAUCGUUUUACCUGGAAAUCAUUAUUUUUUUCACUUGUGAUUCCAUACUAGACAUUUUUAGAGUCAGUUUAUUGCCGUUUUCUGACUCAUAUUUUAUGUUGAAGCCAAUUUGGAGUCUUUUUUUAUUUUAAAGACAUGCUAAUUUAGCCAGUAGACAGGACAUUUUUAUUACUUCACGUCAUUAUGCUGCUGGCUCUGCUUCUGGUUCUGAGCCUUCAUUCGGAGGUUUUCUCCUCGGAGCUGUCAUCAAUAACUAUCCAGUACCGUGUUUGGGAGGAGCAGCUGGCGGGAACCCAGGUCGGCCGGCUGGUGGACGACCUCCGACAGAGGGAUGAAGGUGGCCUGCUGGAGGAUUUCCAGGUGGUGGAGCAGGGAAAAGCCCUUCCUUUCUCCGUCACCACUCGAGACGGGGUCGUCUCCACCCAGGGCCGGGUGGACAGGGAGGAGCUUUGCCGCGGGUCGGACCUGUGCGAGGUGGCCUUCAGCGUCCUGUACAGGAAAAGCGGCGCCGUGAACUGCCUGCGGGUUCGUGUGGAGGUGAUGGACUUGAACGACCACGGUCCCAGCUUUCCCAGCGCUCUGCAAGAAGUGGAGAUCUCGGAGACUGCCAACCUCAGGAUGCGGAUCCCUUUGGACCGGGCAGUGGAUCCGGAUGCCGGACCCAACGGCCUCCAGACCUACUCGCUGUCUGUCAACCAACACUUUGCUCUGGAUGUGACUGUUGGUCCAGGUGGGACAAAACAGGCGGAGCUGGUGGUGAUUAAAGAGCUGGACAGGGAGGUUCAGCACUCCUUUGACCUCACCUUGCUUGCUUGGGAUAAAGGGAAUCCACCGAAAUCCGGGAGCACAUUAGUCCGGGUUAACAUUCAGGACUCCAAUGAUAACAGCCCCACGUUUGAGGACAGCAGCCCCACUGUGGAACUACCUGAGGAUACAGCUAUUGGGACAACCAUCAUCAAGCUGAAAGCCACUGAUCCAGACCAGGGCGCCAAUGGGGAGGUGGAAUACUUGUUCAGUAAACACACUCGUCCAGAUGUUCAGAAACUCUUCAAUGUGGAUCCUCAAACCGGAGCUGUGAGCCUCAAAGCACCUCUGGAUUAUGAGGCUCAGUCUUCUUAUGAAGUGAUCGUACAGGCCAGCGACCGUGGGCCCAACGCCAUCCCCUCUCACUGCAAACUGCACGUCAAGCUUAUCGAUGUUAACGACAAUGCACCAAGGAUACGCAUGACCUGGACGCCACCCAACUCACCUGUGGCAACCAUGAUGGAAGGAGCACCAGUGGACACUUUCCUUGCCCUGGUGACGGUCUCUGAUGCAGAUUCAGGAGGAAAUGGACAAGUGAAUGCAGUCAUUAAGGAAGGGUCUGGCCCGUUCCGCCUUAAACAGAUCCACGGCGGCAAUUACAUGAUCAUCACCGAUGGCCAUCUGGAUCGAGAGAAGAUCAUGCAGUACAACAUCACGCUCCUCGCUCGGGAUAAUGGAGCUCCCUCACUGUCUUGUGUUGAGCACCUGCCUGUCCACGUUUUGGACGAGAACGACAACUCCCCCGUCUUCUCCACCUCCGUCUACAAGGCCUCCUUCAAGGAGAACAACGUGGCAGGCUACCAUGCUCUCAAAGUCGAAGCCCACGACGUUGACCAGGACCUCAGUGGAAGAGUGUCCUACUUUAUGAGCAACUCCAUCGACCAGGAGGCUAAAACACAGUCUUUCUCAAUUCACCCCAAAACUGGAGUGAUUAGUGUGCAGGAACCUUUGGACUACGAGGAAUCUCACGAAUUCUCUUUCCUUGUGGAGGCUGUUGACCACGGACAUCCACCGCUGACAAGCACGGCCACUGUGCAGAUCAACAUUGAGGAUGUAAAUGACAACUAUCCGGUCCUAAAAGAGCCGAAACCGAGAAAGGGCGUGGCUUCUCUAAGUGUACCUGUCAAUGCUUACAAAGGGGAGAUAGUGACCGAACUGGGGAACGACAUAGACGAGGGAACUGCCACUCUAACAGUCGAUCACUCAGUCAGAGAGGGGUCCAUUGGGUUCCUUGCAUCCACGAUAAAGGCAGAAGAUGAAGACUCGGGCCUAAACGGAGAACUCCAGUACCUCAUAAUUAAUGGAAACCAGCACGGACUCUUCUCACUGGAUCAGACUACAGGCCAGCUUUUUGUUAACACCACUAACGCUACUGAACUUAUCGGGAAAACCUUCAAGGUGGACAUUUCCGUGUCUGACAUGGGCACUCCCAGCCUGGCCACAAAGGCGGCUCUGGAGGUGACUUUCAUCAACCUUAAGGACCAUCUAAAGAACUCGUCACCAGGAAACCGUGGCCAGCUCAGCUUCACCAUGAUGAUGGCGAUCUGUCUGGGCGCUACAUGCCUGCUUCUCCUGCUCGCCAUUGCUUUGGUGACGACGUUCUGCCGCCCAGAGAAACGGGACAACCGGGCCUACAACUGCAGACAGGCUGAGUCCAGCUACACCCGCCAUCCUCGACGUCCUCAGAAGAACAUCAGAAAGUCUGACAUUCAGCUCAUUCCCGUCAUCCGGGGCCGAAAGGAAGACCAUCCCGAGGACAAUGGAGAAGCCCAACCACUGACUCCACCUUCAGUCUCAGAGGAUCUACCAACCGAGAGGCAGUAUAACUUAAUGCCAUCAGUUCUGAACACGAGCUUCCAUUCCCAAGGCUACGUAGAAGAUGAUGCAACUCCACCGGCCCCCGUUCACUGCAGAACACUCAGGAAACCCGGAAACAUCGAACUGGACGGUGCUUUGCCUCUGACACCAGCCACGUCAUACCGGACUCUUCGCAAAGCCAGAAACCCUUCGUCGUCUUCCUCGGCCUCACAUUCGAGCACCUUGAAGCGGCAGCAUCACCGCGAAGGUAAAGAAGCCGAGCUGCCGAGGUCGCCGUCACAGGCGACUCUCAGGAGGCCGAAGACCUCAGACGGACAAGGAAACCACGACGCAGAACACCGGCAGAUGCUCCGAAACCUGGUUCGCCUGUCCAUGGCUGCGUUCGGAGACUCCAUCGAGCUUUCCUCAGCUUCGCCAGAGGUGCAGCAGAUCUCCCAGCUCCUCUCUCUCCUCCGUCAGGGUCAGCUGCAGCCGAGGCCCAACUUCAGAGGAAACAAAUAUUCUCAUCGUACCGGCAGAUAUGGAGGUCAGGACUGUUCCGACUGGCAGAGCACCAAAGACAGCGGACAUGGAGAAAGCGAAGCCGGAGACAUGGACUGGGAACCUGGAAGAGACUCUCCAAUAGACCCACAACUGGAGGAAGGACUCAACAACCUGCUCAACAACCCCGAUGAUGUUUUCUCAGAGAUCAGCGACCCUUCCUGGAUGGCCAGACUCUCCCUCCCGCUCGCUGGUGAUUACCACGACAACAUGUUCGUCCCCAACGGCCCUCCAUCCCCAGAAAGCGAGCUUCUUCCCCGGGACGGCCUGGACUCCUCCUCCUCCUCCUUCUCCACUUUCGGUAAAACUCCAGAGAAGGACGGUCCGCUAGGUGGCGCUCUGCUGUCGGAGGUCAGCACGCUGUUCGAGAUGCUGAUGACGCAGAAGGCCGACGCCCACCCCGGCCCUCGGCCCGACGUCCUGUAUCGACUGUCGGCUGCGUACCGCCGCUCUCUGGGCCUGGACGGCGCUGCAAACACCACACCAAAGAACUCUGGGAGCGCUGAGAAACCGCCGGGUCUGACUGCAUCCUCAGGACUUUACCAAUAAGUCCAACGUCUGCUCAGCAAACACUGGAAAAGACUGAGAGCAGAGUGUAUGUAGAUAAAGUAUAUGAUUUAAGCUGUAAAUAGGAUGAGGACGAGUCAGUUUCUGUAGAGAGAUGAUGAGGAUGUUUCAGCUCUCCUGUGGCAGGAAGACGACUGAGAGUCUGGUUCUCAGAUGGUGGAAGAACAAGCAGAAGGACAAAGAAAUAUGAUGCAUCGAUAAACUGCAGCUGUCAGACUAAUUCACACACAGCAACACUCUACUGUGUGCCAAACAGCUUCCCUUUUUCUCCCCAAGACACUGUUCCGUUCAACAAGUUGUUUCCCAAAACUAUCAUGAAGAAAUACCCCAGAACUACUGGAGGAAGAUAUAAAAACACUGUCCUGAGUCUCCCCUCGUCAAAGAUCAGAGAAAUGACAGAAGUUCAACAUUAAAUAUUCUGUCAAGACUGAAAAAUCUCUCGCCACAAGGAGAGUGGAUGAAGUUUAACCCUCUGAUUUUUUACAGUUUCAGAGCCAGAAACUGAAUAGAGAGAAAAAAAACCUUCAGAUCUUCUAAUAACUUCCAGAUUCUUUCAGGGAAAAUAACCAAAUUUAAGUGUAUAAAUCAAAAUCACUUCAUUAUCGAAUUAACUCAUUAAGAAGUAUCCAUAAAUACAAGACAUCCUUUAAAAAAGCAACAACUCUGACUCACAAAGAGUUUUUCAGGUGAAUUAGAAAACAAAAAUAUACCAUAUCCAUACAACAAAUGCUGCAAAAAGUGACACAGAAUGGCAAAAAAUUUGACAAAAUGACACAAAUCAAACACAAAACGACCAAACAUUAACCCAAAAAGGAACAAAUGACACACAGAACACCACAAAACUAGAGAAACAAAGCACAAAACAACCAAUUAUGAACCCAAAAAGAACAAGCGAGAGACAAAACGCCACCAAUGAAACACAAAAUAACACAGAAAAAAACACAAACAGACCAAAUACAAAACCAAAAAGGAAAAAAUGAGACCAGAACACCACAAAAUGAGUCAAACAAGACAAAAAAAACAAGAGAAGUCGACAAGAACCUACUGGAUGAAUAAACGGUGAACAGAGCAGCAAGUUGAAGAUACGUCCAGGAUGGUGAAACGUCUUUAAAGUGUUACUGUGAUGAGUGGUGUCAGAAAGAUUUGUCUGUUAAAUGGCUUUCAGUGAAAAAUGGGUCACAGUGAGCAAAAAGGGACAAACACAACGAUCCAUAUUUGAACCUCCACUCCUGCUCUUUUACAAUCUGACCCUAAUGAGCCACCAGGAUGUGAAGCAGAAAAACAAUGCAAGGAAACAGAUCACUCAGGAAAUAAACUACCUCUCUGACGCCAAACACACCCAGAAACCAAAGACAGGAGGGAAGAGGCAGCCGGCCACUUUCAGUCCAUAUGUGGGUCAGUCUUUGUCUGCACCACAAAUUUUACCUUAAAGUUCAUUUAUUCGGUCUGAAAGCUGCUUAGAAAUGGAGGUUUCUGCACCAUCGGACCAGUUUACAGCCACGGGGAUGCAUUAGAAGAGACAGAUCCAGUCAAAAUGGUGCUGCAGCAGAUAAAUCAGUCACUUCAGGUUUAAGAGGAAUGCAAAGGAGGAGAGUGCAAGUAAAGACACAGAUGAUCAAUGUUUUAUUUUAGACUUUAGAUGACUUUAUUGAGCCGUGACAGCAGCAUGGAUGUUCAGUUAUGGGGUAAACUAUAAGAUGACACAGAAUAUUAGGGUAUAAAAAGAUGGUCAAAUAAAAUAAAUUUUAAAAAAAUUAAUUAAAAUAAAAAGAUAUGAUCAAAUUAUAAAAAAAUUAAUAAAUAAAAUAAAAUAAAAUGAAAUAAAGGGAAAAAAGUAAAAAUCUCUAAAAUAUAAUAUGGAAAAAAAAUCAACAGAAGAUGCAAGAGUGAUAUAAUGAUAAUAAGUAAAAAUAUAUAAUACAUAAUAAAUAAAUAAUAAUCUAAAAAUGUAUUAUUGAAAAUAUAUUUAUAAUAUAAUAAUAAAAUAAUAAAAAAAAUUGAAUGUGCUUCUGUUGAUUUGCACAUUCCUGUAGACUCGUUAAAAAAAUCUAAAUACUGUCACUCUUCUAUAUUCUGUAGAUUUUUUGUCAUUAUAUAUAUAUAUAUAUAUAUAUAUAUAUAUAUAUAUAUAUAUAAAAUAUUCAAUUUCUUGUAUUUUAUUUCUUUCAUCUUAUAUAUUUUUAUUUUUAUUUUUCAAAUUCCACACGCAAAAUUUCCCCUUUAAACCAUGAAUAUUUUUAGCGUUUCAGGAAUUACAUAGAGGCAGACUGAAUACUAAAAAUAGAAUAAGAGCAGGAAUCCUGGCUGGAAGAUGAACCUGGUAUUAAAACCUUAUAUUUUACCCUAAAAUGUGACCUAAAAUGCUCUUUAUUUCAAAGUUUUCUCUGGUCAAUUAUCAGACACCAGAUUUCUAUGACUCCAUGCCAAAAAUAUGAACAAACUGGUGCAGUUUUGUUGUUUAAACUGUGAUAUAUCCCACAAUAUUGAUGCAUAAAGUUGGUUUUAGAGCAAAAACAUGCUGAAUAAAAACGAGAUUUUGGUUUUAGAUUGUGACACAUAGAGGGAUGUAAAAUAGAUGUGGUGUUUUUAUGUGUUCUUCAUGUUUCUGUUGCUUCUUCUUUGAAGUUUUGAGGGUCAAAAAAUGCUGAACCAAGUAUUUAAAUUAAAAAUGUGACAUUCUAACCCAGAUCUUUGUACUUCAAAGCUGAAAAUAUUAGUAGUAUGAAGGUGAAACUGUACGUUUGGUCAAAUAUAGUAAAGUUAUUGUGUGAAAGAAGGUUAAUUCAGAUGGUUCAGCUUAUUAUCUCACUACCUGGAGCCUAAAUUGGAAGGGAGCAGAUAAAUUCCGUGUUUUUAAAAUUCUAUUGUUGUGAGCCGGCGACCAGGAGGAAAUGUUGUUUUGUCUUUUUGUUUUUCCCUCAGGACUAAAAAAACAACCAGCUCACUAUGGAAAAGAGAAAAAGUUUCCUCUAAAGUUGUCUUAUCUACAGCUGUUUUUGUCCAUUCCAGCACUUUGUACAUAAUUAUUUUUAUGCAACAACUCUUUUUUUUAUGAAUUUUAAAGUAACUUUUGUAACUUUUUUCAAUAAAAUGUUCAUCAUGUUCAUUUAAAAUGUGGAAGGAUUUCUCUCUUUCUUUCAUUUAUGCCUUAUUUUUAUGAAGAAGACUAUUUUUUUCCUCUGUUUUGGUUUAUUUUGGUGAGAAUAAGGCUGACACAGGUGAACGUGGAUAUUCCAUGUUGAUUCAGUGCUGAGGUGUUUCUGUGUGCAGUGCGCCCUCUAGCGUUUAAAACACACACUUACACCACAGUAUGACGGGGCUGGAGUGGGACUCAUCUUCAGCCUCAGACCGGAACACUUUAGAUCACGACCUACUACUAUUAAAUCAUGUAAUUCUAGCCUUGUCUUGUAAUUCAGUGUGUUUUUCUAAAAUAUUUCCAAUUCAGUGCUAGUAAGGGUUGCUUCACAAAGAGGAUUUAUUCCAACAUGAGUGCACAUCUCCAACAUUAUUCUUUACAGCAAUAUCAGAAUCUAUAUUCUAUUUAAAUGAGUGUUCAAGGAUAUCCAAACCUUAAAAAUGAAAUAACAGUAGAAAUAAAAUGUGUUGCACUUUCUAAUAACACUAUCAUUUCUUUUUCCUCUGCAAGGAAACAGUUCCAUCACAACUUAAAUUUCACUAAUAUUCGAACAUCAGUUAAAGGGAUAAUCUCCAACACUAUUCUUUACAACAUCACAAUGUCCUUUUUUGCAAUAUCAAAUAUCAAGCAAAUCAGUGUUCACAGAUAUCUAAUGCUCAUGAAUAAAGAAUAAAGAUUGA